AGCUGACACGAGAGCUAGCAAGCAGUCCGGGUCAGCCAGGUACAAUACGGCAAACAGAACCGUAAUCGUAGAUUUCGAUUUUGGACCUCUCAAUUAACACUCCAAGAUAUCUGCAACCUCUAAUUAAGCACUCCAACUCGGAUUGGAUUCCACUUUUCCUCCAUUGCCAACCUUCAUUUUCAACAAUUCCCAUUCAGUCCCGGAAUAAUCCAAAUCAUUGGAAAUUUGGAAUAUAAAGAUCCGUUUUUCUCUGCGACGCAAGAGACUUCUUUUCAAGCUUUCUCACCAUUUACAUGUUAAGAGGUACUUGUUGAUGGUCAUCUAAGCUCGUUACGGUUUGAGAAUUUCAAUCUGUGAAAGAUGGUUGCCUUUGGGAAAAAGUUGAAGGAACGACAAAUUCAAGAAUGGGAAGGAUAUUAUAUUAAUUAUAAGCUAAUGAAGAAGAAAGUGAGACAAUACGCUCAACAAAUUGAAGUUGGAACACAAGAUCGCAGGCAUGUCCUCAAGGAUUUCUCAAAGAUGCUAGAUAAUCAGAUCGAGAAGAUUGUUCUUUUUCUGUUGGAACAACAAGGGUUGCUUGCAAGUAGGCUUGCCAAACUCAAUGAACGGCAGGAGGCUCUUGAGCAACAGCCAGAUAUAGCCCUAAUAACCCAAUUACGAGAAGACUAUAGAGCAGUGGGGCAUGAUUUGUUAAAGCUACUCUUUUUUGUUGAGAUAAAUGCAAUCGGUCUACGUAAGAUAUUGAAGAAGUUUGAUAAACGCCUUGGAUAUAGAUUCACCGAUUACUAUGUCAAAACUCGUGCUAAUCAUCCUUACUCCCUUUUGCAGCAAGUGUUCAAGCAUGUGGGUUUAGGAGCUGUUAUUGGAGCCAUAUCUCGCAAUCUUCAUGAACUUCAGGAACACCAGGGUAGCUACUUAUCCAUCUAUGAUCAGCCAGUUCUUCCCUUCCAGGAUCCUGUCGUUGAUUCAUUAAAAGCAGCUGUAGACAGACUAUCUAACUCAACAAAUUUCCUUAACUUUCUGGCACAACAUGCACUCAUUAUGCAUGAAGAGCUACCUACUCCUGCUGAGGAACGUGCUGAUGAUGAAAGAUAUCAUUUUAUGUCACUUCUUUUGAACUUAGUGAACACUUUCCUUUAUAUGGUCAACACAUAUAUAAUUGUCCCUACAGCAGAUGACUAUUCCACAAUGCUUGGUGCUGCAGCAACAGUUUGUGGUAUUGUGAUUGGGGCAAUGGCCGUCGCUCAAGUGUUUUCCUCAGUGUAUUUUAGUGCUUGGUCUAACAAAUCAUAUUUCAAACCUCUAGUGUUUAGCAGUAUUGUUCUUCUUGUGGGAAAUCUCAUGUAUGCAAUGGCGUUAGAUUAUCAGUCAAUAGCACUUCUUUUAAUUGGGCGUCUCUUAUGUGGGUUUGGUUCUGCUAGAGCUGUUAACCGGCGUUAUAUCAGUGAUUGUGUGCCUCUUCGAAUUCGUAUGCAGGCAUCAGCAGGUUUCGUCAGUGCCAGUGCUCUUGGAAUGGCAUGUGGUCCUGCUCUUGCUGGCUUGCUUCAAACUAAUUUCAAAAUUUACAAGUUUACAUUCAACCAAGUCACUUUGCCAGGUUGGGUUAUGGCUGUGGGUUGGCUUAUAUAUCUCGUAUUUUUGUGGUUCACAUUUAAAGAACCUUCUCAUUUCAGUGAAGAAAGCAAUGUAGUACAGGAAUCUAAUGCUGGACUGAGGGAAAAUGAUGUGCUUGAGAAGGGUCUUAAACAACCAUUACUGUUGAGUUCAGAAAGCAAACAAGAAGAUGAAAAUGGUGAAGGAGAAUGCGAUGGCAGUGAUGAAGCUCCUGAGGAAUCUCGGCGACCUGCCACUUCAAUUGUUUCAGCAUACAGGCUGCUUACACCCUCUGUAAAGGUUCAGUUGUUGAUAUAUUUCAUGCUGAAAUACGCAAUGGAGAUUUUACUCUCAGAAUCCAGUGUUGUUACCUCAUACUACUUCGGUUGGUCAACAAGCUCGGUGGCUAUUUUCCUUGCGUGUCUAGGGCUAACAGUUCUUCCAGUAAAUAUUAUUGUUGGAAGCUACAUUAGUAACAUGUUCGAAGACAGGCAAAUUUUAUUGGCAUCAGAAAUCGUGGUUUGCUUAGGAAUACUGCUAAGCUUCAAAAUCAUAAAUCCAUACACUGUUCCACAAUAUGUCUGCUCAGGAUUAAUCAUGUUUGUUUCUGCCGAAGUGCUUGAAGGUGUUAACUUGUCACUGCUGUCUCGAGUCAUGUCAUCCAGGCUCUCUCGUGGAACCUACAAUGGAGGACUACUCUCAACUGAAGCUGGGACGAUAGCACGUGUGAUCGCAGAUGGCACAAUUACCCUGGCUGGGUACUUGGGUGAGAGUAAGCUGUUGAAUGUCACCCUUCUUCCUUCUCUCCUCAUUUCUGUAGUCUCCAUUGUUGCUACCUGCUGUACCUACAACUCGCUCUAUUAGUUUGUAAGUUGUACAAAUUAGUUGUUUGACUGGUAAGUUCUAAUUUUUCAAUUUUUGUUACUUUGAUUCCUAUUUGUUUCUGUUCAUAUUUGUAUUUCAUGUGUAACUGUUCCAUAUUAUAGACAAACUAGCUCAUUGAUUCUACAAUUCAAUUGGAAUUUAAUAAACUCAAUUUUUUGGAA